CUUACAUUGAAAUCUACGUACAAAAGCCUAGAAAAGUUAUUGUGUUAUUUUGUCCUCCCAUGAGAACUGCGGCUCAUUACGAUGGCUCUGAACUCACCUUUGAUGAUGAAGUUCAACUUAUCGCGCUUUCGGAUCAAACCAAAAGGCCUUGUUGCACCACCUUUGAAUCUAUCUCACACACUCUCGAAGCCAGUCAGAACCACCAGCCCUGUUGUGCAAAGCAUCAAUGCGAAAACCUCCUCACAUGAACUCGUUUUUCGGAGUCUCAGAAACACAGCUGUAGUGAUUGUUUUCGCGGCCUCGGUGAUGGGAAAGUUUCAAGGGCUAGUUAGCAGAGCUGAAACCAAGCCAAUUAUGACAGAAGAAGUCACUAGUCAAGAGGAAACAAAGACAUUGGUUUCUGAAGCUAUCGAAACACUGAAGCAGUUACUGGAACAAAGAUACGAAGCCAGGGAUUUUGAAGAAAGUAUAAGAAUCUCAAGAGAGUUGAUAUCAGCGCAACCAGAACGUGUGGAAUGGAAAAUUGCAUUAGCAACAGUUUUUAAGCAAAUGGGGGAUAUAGAGAAAGCCUUUGGGGUGCUCGACGAGGUGUUGGCUGAAAAUCCGACAGAACCACAUGCAUUAUUUGAGAGUGCAGCGUGGAUGAGCUUCGAAGGAAAGGAAGAGGAGGCGCUAGAAAGAUUGGAAAAGGCAUUAAUGAUUGCUAAAGAAAAGAACAAUGCUACUGAAAUAAGAGAUGUGAGGUUGAUCAUAGCUCAGAUUACGUUUCUGCAGAAGAAACCAGACGAAGCACUGAAGAGUUAUAAUGAGCUUGAAAAAGAGGAUCCUUCAGAUAUCAGGAUUGUUUUUCUGAAAGGGUUGUUAUACUAUUGUACCAAAAGAAAUGCAGAAGCAACAGAGCAAUUUGACAAGUAUUUUGAACUCAUACCCAAUGCUCCUCCUCCUGUGGGUGAUGGUUAUAUGACUACAUUACCGAAAAUUAGACCACCAGGUAUUUAGGGUCUUCUGUCUAGUUUCGAAGCUAAAUUGGGUUCGGAAUUAUGAUACAACAAAUUUCGAUGAUAUAUAUGAAGAUUAUGAUUCAAUAUAUAGGUCUGCAAGAAGC